AUGAGUGUCCGCAGAAGUACUAUUAUUCCCAACAAGCCGACCCUGACAGAGAAGAACCUUCCUGACCAGGCUGGCAAGGUCUUUGUUGUAACUGGAGCUUCUGGAGGGUUGGGCAAGGAGCUAGCUUCAAUUCUGUACCAGAAAAAUGGAAAGAUCUACAUGCCCGCUCGCUCUCGAUCAAAGACCGAUGAGGUCAUGAGAGAUAUCAAGGCAGCUCAUCUAAACUCAACGGGCAGUAUGGUCUUCUUGCCACUAGUCCUCGACGAUCUCACUACCAUAAAGGCCUCUGCUCAAGAGUUCCUCGCACAGGAGAGCCGCCUUGAUGUACUCUACAACAACGCUGGUGUUAUGGUCCCUCCACAGGGAUCAAAGACGGUACAAGGCUACGAGUUACAGAUUGGCGUGAAUAACCUAGCGCCGUUCUUGUUCACUCACUUCCUCCAUCCUAUUCUUGCUGAUACGGCCCAGAUUGCCCCCAAGGACUCUGUUCGUGUCAUUUGGGUGUCUUCUAGUGCUGCUGAUAGUGCUCCAACACCCGCCAUCGACUUCACGAACAUGGACUACCAUAAUGAAGAAGGAAUCUGGUCGACGUAUCUGAGAAGCAAGGCUGGAAAUGUCUUGCACUCUUUUGAGUUUGCUCGAAGGACUGCCGGCGAAGACAUCAUCAGCAUUGCUCUAAACCCUGGCAACUUUGUGACCAACCUACAGCAGAACAUGCCGAGGAUGCAGCUUGCUAUCUUCAAACUCAUCGCUCAUGCACCGAAGAACGGAGCCUAUACUCAACUGUUUGCGAGCCAUUCUGCCACCAUCACAGAGAAGGAAAACGGUUGUUGGGUGUCUCCUUUUGGAAAGGUCGAACCGUGCCGCAAAGAUCUUCUUGAUGCUGACCUUGGCAAGAAGUACUGGGAGUGGACAGAGGAGCAGAUCAACAGGUACAAGUAA